UACAAAUCACCUGUAAACUAAUAAGGGAGGUAACCACUGUAUCGAACAUGUAACUGCGUUGCAAGAAAUUAGAGUACUGCCAUUUUAGUUUUUGUCCCCUACCGAUUUCACCGGAGGGGACUUAUGGUUUGCGCUCUGUGCGUCUGUCUGUCUGUCACACUUUUCUGGAUCCUGCGAUAACUUAAAAGUUCUUCAUAUUUUUUCAUGAAACUUGAAUCGUGGAUAGAUGGCAGUAUGGACAUUAUGCACGUCAUAUUAUUUUGUUCCUUCGUCAAAAAUUCUGAUUGCUAUGGCAACAAAUAUAUAUAUAUAUAUAAACUAUGACAAUGGUGGAGCCGGUAGGGGACAUAUAAUUGCUACGUAAUAGUCUUGUUAUAUCUUUUCUGAACUUGCAAAACGAUGUGUUAGGUUAAGUAGCUCGAAAAGGUUAAGUUUGACGUUUCUUCAAUAAUGCAUUAUAAUAAUACAUUAGCAACUCACGGUUAAUAUGAUUACACUACAUCGAUUUGACUGCUGAUUAAUUGCAAACAUUAACCCAUUUUAGCCUAGUUGACUCUCCCAUCCUUCUAAAUUGGAGCAAUUUAUUUCCAAAAUUAGGGAUGUCUAGUAUAUUUGUUUCUAUAUUUAAAAAAAUUCUUACAGAAAUUUCUUUAAGCAAACAGCGCAGACCCUGAUGAGACCCUCUCAUCUGGGUCCACGCUGUUUGCCAAUGCCUUUUUUCUAGACGCUAGGCAUAAAUGGGUUUAAGAAAAUGCAAUAGUUGUAUGAAAUUAAGUUUUUCUAAUAAACGUCCUCUGUAAUUUAUGUAAGAAAUAUUCUAAAUAUAUAAAUAAAUAUACUAGAAAUCCCUAAUUUUGGAAAUAAAUUGAUCCAAUUGCAUGCGGCGUCUAAUCUGGGUCUACGCUGUUUGCCAAUGUCUUUUUUCUAGACGCUAUGCAUAAAUGGGUAAAUCUCAGAAAAUGUUGCACACGACACACUUACCUGACGACAAAUUUAAACGAAUACAGAUUGGAAAUCAAAAGAAAAAUGAGUUUGAUCUAAAACAUCAAUUCAAAAUAACGUUUUGCAUUCAGUGACAAACAUUAUGCUUUGAGUGCCGUUUUUUUCUUAAAGGGCACAAUGGCGCCUGGUUCCGAGCACACCGUGAAUGGACGGCGCUACGACAGAGAGAUCCACUUUGUGUUGUUUAACAGCAAGUAUGGCACCUUAGAGAACGCCGAGAACAAAACAGACGGCAUUGCAGUGUUGGCAUUUUUGUCAAGCGUACCUUUAUCGAUCACUGCAGACAGCACCGUGAACGCUCGAAUAAACCUUAAUACCUUCUUCGACCGGCAGUGCGAGUUCUUCACGUAUCGGGGCAGCAAAACGACCCCGCAGUGCUUCCAGUCCGUCCAAUGGGUAAUCUUCCGGGAGCCAAUACCGGCGCUGGAGUCCACCGGAGACUUCGACGCUCGUUACGGAAAUUACCGCAUUUCGCAGCCGCUUAACGACCGCAUAGUGGAGGCAAACUUCAUGCCUCCCGGUUACACUCGACCCCCGACGGAAGCACAGUUUGAGCGAGGGAGCCAAAGGGAACUCCUCGUACAGACCGUCUAA